CAUGUACAUGUACAUGUACAUGUACUGUACGUAAUCCGGCAAAUCAACAUGGCAGCGCCCAUCUACACGUAGAUCUGACUCGUUUGUCUGGGAAGUGCUACAAAACAAAUGCCCCAAAAUGAACGUUUGCUGUCGCCUUUUUGGUCGCAGUCUGCGAAGGAGUGUGGCAGGAACAUUUCGGUCAUAUUAUGGGGAGAGAAUUGCAACGAUCGGAUCACCGCCGGACAAAAAUUCCGAUCAAUACAAGGAAAAUUAUGCCCGCAUGAAGGAACUGGUUGGUGAUCUGAAAUCACGCGUCUCCUCGGCCACUAAAGGAGGCGGUGAGAAGAACAUCCAGCGUCACGUGUCCCAGGGGAAGAUGCUGGUCCGAGAUCGCAUCAAUAACCUGCUGGAUCCAGGGUCUCCAUUCCUGGAGCUGUCUCAGUUGGCCGGAUAUGAUCUCUACGGGGAAGAAGAAGUCCCUGCCGGGGGAAUUAUCACUGGUAUUGGUAGAGUGUCUGGGGUUGACUGUAUGAUUGUAGCCAAUGACGCAACAGUCAAAGCCGGCACUUACUAUCCCAUCACCGUCAAGAAACACCUCCGAGCACAAGACGUUGCGAGAGAAAACAACUUGACCUGUAUUUAUCUUGUGGAUUCCGGAGGGGCCAACUUACCCAGGCAGGAUGAAGUCUUUCCGGACAGAGAUAACUUUGGUCGCAUCUUCUACAAUCAAGCCACAAUGUCCGGCAUGGGGAUACCUCAGAUUGCCGUUGUCAUGGGUAGCUGUACAGCCGGAGGAGCAUAUGUACCAGCCAUGGCUGACCAGAGCAUCAUCGUCAAGAAGCAAGGAACCAUUUUUCUUGCAGGACCGCCCUUGGUGCGAGCAGCCACCGGUGAGGUGGUCUCUCCCGAGGAUUUGGGCGGGGCUGACCUCCAUUGCAGGACAUCAGGUGUUACGGACCACUUUGCAGAAGAUGACGGCCAUGCCUUGUACCUGGCCAGAAGAACAGUCGCCAACCUCAACAGGAAGAAAUCAAUAAAUAUUCCAAUUCAGGAGCCGCAGGACCCAAUUUAUCCCAUAGAUGAACUGUAUGGCAUCGUCCAGAGUGACUUCAGUAAAGUGUACGACAUCCGAGAAGUCAUAGCCAGGGUUGUGGAUGGCAGCGUGUUUGACGAGUUCAAGACACUUUAUGGAGACACGUUGAUAACAGGAUUUGCUCACAUCCAUGGCUACCCAGUCGGUAUCCUUGGUAACAAUGGGGUGCUAUACUCGUCGUGUGCUCUGAAGGCUGCUCAUUUCAUACAGUUGUGCUGCAAGCGAAAAAUUCCGCUCCUCUUCCUACAGAAUAUCACAGGUUUCAUGGUCGGUCGUGAUGCGGAGGCAGGAGGCAUAGCUAAGAACGGAGCCAAGAUGGUGACUGCCGUAGCCUGCGCCAACGUUCCCAAGAUCACAAUCAUCGUAGGCGGGUCAUUUGGUGCUGGCAACUAUGGAAUGUGUGGACGGGCUUAUGGUCCACGAUUCCUGUACAUGUGGCCUAACGCUCGUAUCUCUGUCAUGGGUGGCAAGCAAGCAGCAUUGGUUUUGGCUCAGGUACAGAAAGCACAAAGACAACGAAUGGGCCAAGAGUUUACGGCAGAGGAGCAAGAAGCAUUAAUGAAACCCAUCUUGGAGAAGUAUGAACAAGAAGGAAGUCCUUACUACUCCAGUGCCAGGUUAUGGGAUGACGGAGUGAUAGACCCUGCAGAUACACGCACUGUCCUAGCUCUGAGUUUAAGCGCUGCCCUCAACGCACCUGUACAGAACACAGACUUCGGUGUCUUCCGUAUGUGAUGAUAUUCAGUAUUCAGAGAUGUGAAAUGGUAUCAUGAUUCAGGAAAACCUCUGAGUAAAUUAACUGUUUGUUUUGUCAACCCAAACAUGAGCUGAAAGCGUCGUCGACAGUGGAGUGGACUUUCUGAAGGCAAGAAAAUAACGCCAAAAAGAAUAUUAAAGCCAGAGUAACCUCUGUUACAUCACAAGUCUGCUGCCUUCUUGCACACCAAGGUGCAUGGCCUUCUGGAAGGGUUAUUAAAAUCAAUGGAUCGUAGAGUUCCUUUCCCCACACACACACACUACUGGUUGUGCUUUGUAUAAGAUCCCUGCUUUGGUUAGUACAGUCACCUUGGAAAGUUUGAAAAUCCUGGAAUGAGUACAAUUGUAUAAGUUUUGUUGAAAGUUGAAUCAAACCUCCUACGUAUUAAGACUUCCUGUCUGUAGCAAGUAGCAAAGUAAAUCUAUUCAAUGUGCUAUUUAUUCAACACACAUGGUUCAUUUUCAAAGCAAUUUGUUUGUCCCUGGGUUGAAAGUGCUUCAUGGAUGAAGAGAUCUGCUCUUCAUAGGAGCAACGUUUGCAUUGUCCAGUGUAUACUAGUGUGUAUUUGUUCUUUUACAAUUUAUUUUAUCGGGGAAUGCAAACCGUGGACUUCUGUUCUUAUGACAUAUCACACUUUUGUGUUACAUUCGUGCAUUCCUAUGGUGCUCAGUGGACCAUGUGCCCACACUGGCUCCGUGGAAAAGUGGAGAUAUAAACAAAGUGUGAUGUCAUCAGUACAUAGGCCUAUUGCUUUUGCAGCACGACGCCCAAGAAGUUACCAUUUGGGGUCAUUUCCCCCUCCCAGUGCAUUAUGGGAAGAGUCAACACCUGCUCAGUAUAAUGGAAUCCCUUGCCCAAGGACUCGGGUUUAACAUUUUCUUGAAGUGCACACUUUGGAAUGCUCUUAAAUGAUCCCGUUUCUGUAGUAUCAUAAAGACCAAGGAACAGAUGACUAUAGAUCGUCAUUUAAACCAUGCCAAAGUGCUGGAUGGUAUGCUGUACUUGUGGGUCAUUCCUGUCUGCUCUGUGAAGCUCACUCUUACCCAAUUUCCCCUACAGGGUUCAGGGAAGGGCAAAUGCAAGAUGCCAAUUUUUGUCUAACAGUCAUUGGAUAGCCUAGAGGUCAUCUGAACAAUAACGCAUGUCAACACGACAGGUGCACACGGAAUGUACAUGGACGUGUGUGGAUUAGGGCAGACAGUAGCUUGCAAUAUUCCGAGUGUCUGCAGAUUUCCUUCGCAGGCAUUUGUUCUCGGCGCCCUGACUUAAACGGGUUGAAAGGAAGAGGGAACUCCAUGCAGGCACACGAGAUAGCAAGUGUUUAUCUAGCAAGGAUGGUCCUUUGACGGAAACUCAUAUAUGUACACAGGAUUAUGCACUUUCCCAACCACCUGUCCCAUCUUGACUAAUUAGGGAAUGACUACCGGUAAUAAAAACACUGUCAAAGAAA